AUGGAGACGGAGUGGACGUGCGACGCGUGCGGCGCGGUCGAGGACGACGAAGGCGAAGGCGAGGGCGAGGCGUCGUCGUCGUCGUCGUCGUCGUCGUCGUCGUCGUCGUCGUUGCCGUCGUCGUCGUCGUCGUCGUCGUCGUCGUCGUCGGAUGACAAAAAUCGAGAACCGAACGCGUCGCCGCCUUCGCCUUCGCCGGCGGAGGUCGCGGCGGCGUCGAAAGCGAAGUGGCUGCUCCUCUCCCCGACGGUCGUCAAACAGAAGAAGAAGGGCACCGCGCCGAAGUUCAAGGCGCUGGGCCCGCGCGCGACCGCGUCGAUCGCGCUCGGGAGCUCGCGCCCGAAGCGUUCGGACGCGAUGUUAGCGGCGGCCAACGAUGGCGACGCGCUUCGUCUUCGCGCUUUGAUCGACGCGGGCGUGGACGUGGACGCGUCGGACGAGUACGGCGCGACCGCGCUGUUUUUGGCGUCGUGGCGCGGGCGAGAGGACGUCGUGAAGCUGUUGCUCGCGUCCGGCGCGGACGCGACGAGGACGGUGAAGGGCGGGCGCGUCGCAGCGCUCGACGCGGCGCGGAACGAAGGCGUCGCGGCGGCGUUGACGUCGGCGAUGAAAACGGCGUCGGCGACGGUAACGGAUCGCGCGCGACGGUUAGAGGACGCGCAGCUCGCGAUCCUCGCGCGCGUAGAAACGCUCGAGGCGCGCGCUGGGGUGCGGCGGCCGACCGAGAUCCGCGUCCGCACGCUGAUCGACCCGAUCGCGAUGCCGACGCACCCGGGGGCGUGGUAUUCGCUCUGCGUGGACGGCGGCGUGAGCGACGCGACGCUGCGGCGCCUGGAGGCGACGUACGCUGACGCCUCGUCGUCGGAGAAGCCCUUGGUGUCGGAAAUGUCGGACGCCGACGACGUCGACAUCGUCUCGGAGUUCACGGAACCGCCGCCGGCAUCGGCAUCGGAUUCUUCUCCCGGAACGCACAGCAGGACGAGCCUGGACCCGAACCUCUCCGCGCGAUUACGCGCGGACACGUGCGCGACGCGGUGGUACUUUCUCGACGCCACCGGGUGGGCGCGCGACGCGAUCCUCGCCGCGGCGAUCGCCGCGGGCGCGCCAGCGCUCGGCGUUCACCCGCAGAUGCGGCUUUUGCGGUAUCCGAAGAUCGGCGGCGUCAUGGCGCCGCACGUGGACUUGCCGAAGGCGGUGGACCCGGAGGACUCCCGCGGCGUGAGCGGUUUCGGUUUUUUUUCAAACGCCACGAAAGCCGAAGCUGCCGCGGACGUCACGCGCACGACGCACACGUUCUUGCUGUACCUCCGGACGUGCGAGCGCGGCGGCGAGACCGCGCUUCUGCGCGAGGUCAAGUCCGAGUGCGGCGCGGUCGGCGCGAGAGAGGCGGCGGCGCUCGCGGACGUCCGGCCGGUGAGGGGACGGCUGUUGAUUUUCCCGCACGAGUGUCCGCACGCGGGUCGGCCGGUGACGGACCGUAACAAGCUCGUCGUCCGCGGGGAGCUGUGGUUAGGGCGCGAGAGCGGCGGCGGCGACGACGUAGACGACGAGGCGGACGAACGCUGA